CCGGACAAGAGCGCCUCAAUACUACAGUUUUCUUCUAGAGCUUUGCUCCAUCCAGCAGCUUUGCCAGACUUGACUAGAGCGAGCAUCACUUUCUACAUUCGAAUGGUUAUUUCGUGCUCCUCCCCUAUCUGCCAGAAAAAUACGUGGAACGUCUCCUGUGAUUUGAACCUUUCGCGUCUCCCCCUAGAACCGUCUCCUGGAGAGACACCCGCUCUGUUUUGCCUCGUAUCUCUAACUGCUGUGACGCAUCCAGUUCCUUUUUAGAGUGGCACUCGCGUCGCGGAGAAUUCCGUCAGACCUGUGUUUUCCUGCUGCCCACUUUCUGCGUGUCUCCGGAUGGUACUGCGGGCGAUGCAGCUUGUUGGCGCGUGUUAGCCGGUCUGUCUUCGCUCUUGCGGGGAUAGCCGCGUGUGUGGUGCUGCCCUAGAGAAGUUUAGAUUUUUUAGAAGCGUUCUUUGCGGGCGAGACAAACUUUCCAGUUGCCUGUUUGCUACUCUGUCGUACACGAAUGCACCGGCCUCGUAGCUGUGUGGCUGUGCCGAGGAGACACAGCCGCGGCGAUAGCCAGACAGCCAGUGGACGCGAGUUGGACUCUGGACUUCCUUCGGGUUCCUGCAGAGGAAUCUCUUGCGUUUUAUCCCGGCGCGCUACAGAGCUGGCGAGCGGGAGGACGCUGGCAAAGACCGGUGCGCGUGACUCAGAAGACGCCGGUCUCCGUUGAAGUGUUUCUCUCCCCUCGAAGAACUAUCUUUCUCUUCGAGGAGACAUCUGCGUCUCAAGCUGUGGGCUGUUUCUAGAGUUCUUGGUCACGCGUUGGAGGUUUUUCGGCGUUUUUUGAGCCAGAGACACAAAAAUCUUCUCGGCUGGCGACGAGACCGAGGUUCAUCGCUACAUACCCCGUCUUCCCCGGCAACACGUUUCCUGUUGGGCGCCGCGUCUCAGUUUGUGGUGCGCGCCACCGGUGUGAUUUCUGUGUACGGCACAGGGACGUGGGUUCGGCGCGUCUUGGUCUCUCUGCCCUUGCGAGAGUCUGAACCGUUCUUCUUUUCUUUACCUGCUUCUGAUUUCUUUUCUGGGAUAUCUUUCCGGUCUCGCCUCCACGACAUGCGAGAGCCCGAGCGCGCUGAAUUCGCAUUCCGAGAGUUGCGGCACAGGACCGUCGUCUCCUCACCUUCAUCCUAUGGCUUCUACCCCAGCCUUCGCGCUAGUGUCUCGGUUUUUUUCGUGAGGCAGGUGCCGGUAUUUGCGACAGAUUCGUGUCUUUCUUUGCCCUUUUUGCGAGAGACGGCAUACAGGCUGUCGGGCGCUCUGUGAGUCUGCAAGCUUUAAAGCAGAACGUACGUUCUUGUGACGCUAGGAAAGAAACGGCAAGUCUUUGGCCUUGCUCUGGACACGCCGUCUCACCAGGACCGCAGAGAAGAGGGUGGUGGCUUUCUACACUAACAAAGCUAGCCGAGUGAGCGCCGAUUUCACAUAUCUUUUUAUCUCGUUGCGUGCGUGGACGAGGGGUCUCUAUCGAGGCGAACCUUCCAGUCUCUCGUAAAAAAAAGAAGAAACACAAGGGGCGAGGGUGAACGGAGCUUUCUGUCAGAGUGCGUGAACGCACGCUUCGUGCCUGGAUUGUGGUUUUGUCUUCUUUGGUUCGCGGUGAGGAAUUGUUGAAUUUCAACGGAGCCGCUUCUCUUUUGAAGCAACCGGUGCCGUUCACCGGUGUUCAGUCUCUUUUUUUCUCGGCUUUCCGGUAGCUGGCCGAAGAGGGAGAAGAGGGUCGUUGUCGGGAUAGGUCCCGUGCGCGCGCACCUGCGGGAGUGUGAGAGGGUGUUCUUGCUUCGCUGUCUCCGUCUGCGAGCCUUUUUCUCUUCGAUGCGCAGAAAGGCAUCGUUUCUUCUCUUCCUUUCUGAGAGUAUUCUUCUAGGAGGAAGAUUGUCUUUACCCUCGGUGCGAAGAGGAUCGUGCUUUUGCUGUGUGUCGCGCGGCCACGCCAGAAGACACCUGGAGGGCGGAGGGAUAGCCUGGACGCCCUUCCCGCGUGUUUUUUCCAGUUUUUCUCGACGUUUUGUCGAAAUUCUGCAGAGGAGGGUCUUGCAUCACACCUUCUCGUCGGAUCGACGCUUCCAGGCUUGGCGAGGGCGGAAAGACACGGAGGGUGCAGCGGAUUUUCCUGCACUCCAGUGAAUCUGUGCCCUUAAAACAGCUAUGCAGGCUACCCACCUGCUGCCGGACUCGCCGUCGGGCACCUAGGGGGGACUCCGGUCUUUUUGUGUCUCUCCCCGCGUGUGUUUCUUUUUGGGUACGACUGUUCUCGCAAAUUCGUUUUUGCUAGGUAAAGUCUCCAUACCAUCGGGAAGGAAAGAAGACUGGGAGAAUCCAUUCGAUUGGGUGUCUUGUGUACCGUGUUUCUUUUGAGUACACGGGCACGGGGAUUUUCAGCUCGCAGCGAGAGGAGGUGGGUGACGUUUUGCGGGAAAAGUUCCCGUCCGGUCUUCUUUCGCGGCACUUUUGUUGCAAAUUUCCGAGGAAACCACAGGGAUUUUUCUCUUUCUGUUGGCGCACUUUUGGCUUGCGAGACAGCGAGCUCUCCCGCGACUCUCGGAGACAAAGCUAGGAGGGCACUGCCGUCUUCGAAUGUUCGCUCCAGCUUUUCCACUGAACCUUAGUGGUAGUUCCAAGCCGCGGAAUCAGCACCACGCGGCCAAACUUUUUCUCCCAUUAUUUUUCCCUUGAUUCGUCUCCAAUGCACCGAGACAGCGACACGAUCGCGCCUGUGUGAAACUAUGGUGAUCCGCGGGUCCUCUCUGUCUCGGUCCUCACCCGUCCGUGUCCUUUCCCGAUCCCGAGCAAACGGUGAUUGGGUUUCCAAAACGGCGCCUCGUGUGUGCUGUCUACUUCACGUGCGUCUUGGGGAUUCUUCUUGAGUUGUUUCUUGCCCCACGCUCUAGGCGCGUGCCUGUCUUUGCAGGACUGCUCGUGUGUCUUCACACGCGAGUUCCGGUUCCACGCGGUCUCUCCUCGUGCCUGUCGUCGCCCAGAUUCUCUCUCCCCCUUUUCACACGUGACCCACUAAUUAGGCUUUCCGCAGUGGAUUCGGAUUUCGUGCAUGCGGGUCCUCUUUGCUUCUUCGUCGAAACUUUCGGUUUUCUUGGGGUUCCGCUGCGCGGUCGCAGCGCGAUCCUUCAGGUUUUUCCUUGGCAUGCCCCACUCAGGGGGCGAGGUAUAUCUGAGAUUAUCUGAUUCUUUUUGUCACCGCGUCGACGUGACAGGUCGCGGAUGGUAGUCCAGAGUGCUUCCGUCUGAAUCCGGUCGUACGAGGACCUUGCUCCUCUCACUUCCCAAGUUUCUAGAUCGCCGUCGUACGUGUCUUCGACUUUUUUAACAUCGGUAGCGACCUCCAGAACGAAGAGGUUGGACAAGGCAGGCUGUUUUCUCGACCCCUCAGAUAUGAAACGCGAGGGAGACAGACAACGCAAUUGAAAAACCUGGGUCGCGACCCUCGUGGAAGCGGUGUGCAGUUGAGCAGCCUCCCCACUGUGUGUGUCCCGCGACCUCCCGCGGUCUCCGAGGCGUCGAUUUCUUCUCGAGUUCCUCUCCCGUUCUCUCGGGAGAAUGGAUAAGUUAAAUUUGCUGUCCCUACACGUGCCGCCCAUAUACGGCGAGCGCCAGUUUCCCGACGGCGAGGCUCUUGCCAAGCCUUUUGAGUUCCCCUCCACCACCUGGUCUCUCAAGGGAGAGGCGUCGCAGAUUAGCGUCGCUGAGGGCGCUGCCCCGGCUGAUGAUCCCUCCUCAGACGCUUCCAGUUCCACUCUAGACGCAAAGGUCUUGUCUGUUCAACUUUCUCCCGCGUGCACCGCCGAUACGCAGAUGGCUUCUCCGGAGUCGAUCGCGGCGCCAGCCCUCGGAGCUGAGUGUGGCGACGGCGCGAGUCUUCUCGCUUCUCCCCUUCUCCCGCCUCUCUGUUCGGCGUCGGCUGCGCCGCUCGCGUUACCCUCGCCGCUUCCAGCACCCGUAGUAGAUCCUGGAGAGCCGCAGGGCGUCGAGCCACCCGUGGAGGCAGACUGUCGCGUCGGCUCGGCGGCCGCAGUUGCCGCGCCCAGCGCACCCGUCAAGAGCGAGGAGCUCGCGUCUGAGGACGUUCUCUUGACGGAGAACAAGGGUGAGGCAUCAGGAGACGCAGCGUCUGUGCUCGUAUGUUGCGCGGUGUCGGACGCUAAUUCACAAGAAGAGACGUUCGCGAGUUCUGAGGCCCAGCCACCUGUGCCCGUCGAUGGCGCCGUCACACCCACCACGCGGUUUUCAACGGAGCAAGACGAGGAAGGCGGCGCGGCCGCCGGGGUCGCCUCUGCGUGCGCCCCCUCUGUCUCCUCGCUCCUCGCGGCCUGUCUCCCGCGUUCCUCAGGCGCGACUUCACUGGACCUGGCGCUGCCACCGGGGGUCGCCUCGAGUCGGGACCCGCUGCUUUCCUCGUUUCUCGCAGCUGGAUCCGAGGAAGCUUUCCUUUCUCGAGAGGCCGUUGCCGCACUCACUGCAAGAGACGCCUCAUCUCUGGUCUCUGACCCUGUCGCUGGCCACGCACUGACUUCGCUCGCACUGCUGCGGGGCGUUAAGGACUCCCUCAGUCCCGCGGCGGCUGAGGCUGCAGCUUCAGCCCAGAAAGAGCUCCAGCGGCUCUUGGAGCUGCAGCACGAGCAGCAGAGACAGCGCGGUGUCCUCGUGAAGGAGGAGGAGAACGGCGCGGUGGGGAACUCGUUUCUAGGUGCCCUGGAGGAGGCGAUCUGGCGUCAAGAAACUGACGACGCUGCGGCGGCGCCCUUCACAGAGAAAGCCGCAGUGGACAGCAGACCCGCGGGGAGGGAAGACUCCGCCGGAGGAGGGCCGCGGAAUGCAAGAAUGAGAGAAAGAAACUCGGGCGCUGGAGGCGGCGAAGAUGAGCUCGAGGAAGACCCCGCCUUAGUUGCCUCUCUGCGAGAACUGUUGGAGACUCUUCCGAGAAAGAAGGAAGGAGACGCGCGCAUGCUUCUCCUCGGCGAGAAGCCCUUCGUGAGACCUUAUGCCCGGCAAAUCGUGGAGAUGUGGAAGAUUCACUUGGGCGAGACCGGCCGAACGACACUGAAGAAGGAGAUCAGCGAGCGGACGCAGGCGGACGCGACGCUGAAGCGCCGGGUGUUAUGCAUUGCGAAGCUUAAGAUGGCGACGCUUGAAGAGCUGGUUCAGAUUGCAGAAAUCACUGGCCUUCUGGAGCGUACACUGCAGAUUGCCAACAAGUACGAAGCCGAGAGACAGGCGGCGCCCGUGAGUCGGCAGAAUGUUUCGCGUCGGGCCCUGUCCCUCGUGUGCUCACGCGGGGCGAGUGCGCCGGGGCCGCAGGCCGCGCCUGCCUCAGCGGCCUCGCAAAAUUUUCUGAGUCUCGCGAGUCGUCGGGACUCCCCUGUGCGGAGUCUGGGGUCCCUCUCCCCUUCGCUUAUCUUUGAUCCGUCGCUGCUCUCCGCUUGCCCUUCCUUCCCGAACCCCGGAGUCUCUUCCUGUUUCUCCACCAGUGCGAGUUCGCGCCGCUCGCCCUCGCCGGGUCCCGCGACCGCGGGCAGCGCGGCGCCUCCAAGUGGCCGCGAGGAGACAAAGGAGAGCGCGGAGCUGGCGCGACUGCUUUCCUCGGCGUCUGUGAAUCUCUGCGACCCCACGGCCGGGCCUCUGCAGUGGCCCAAGGGCGAGGGCCUGCUCCUUGGCGAUGCCCUGACGAAUCCGCUCAAGGCCGGGAGUGGAGACAGCAGCGGCGGCUUGUCGGCGUCUUCGGCGCUCUUCGAUUUGGGCGACUCCGAGUUGUCAGCAGCGGACGCGACCGCCGCAGCUGCAAACCUCUUGUCGAUCAUUACGCAGCAGCAGGCGCGGUCGCGCCCAGCUAGCGAUGGCAGUCGUGUGGACCCGGCGCUGGCCGGCGUCGGGACCUCGGCGACCGAGGAGCUGCUCCUUGCGGCGUUCGGCGGCGACGAGGCUGCGGCGGCGGUCGUCGCGGCUCUUGCGUCGGGCGGGGCGGCAGAGCCUCAGCUCCCGGAGACACCCGCCUUGGAGCCUGCCGCGGGAUUCGCGAGGAAGAGCAGAAAGCGUUCGCGGAAACGCAAGGGCAGUGGAGGGGCGCAGGCGACUGCGGGUGGAGAGAGCGGCGGCAGCGGGUCCUCGAAGCGCGUGCUGGUGGGGCCCGACAUGGGAGCGGCGCUUGGCGAAGAAGACGCGAAGGCGCAUGUGGAGGAGGCUGUCGAAUACGCGGCUUUAGGAACCGAGCAAGGGACGGGUGCGCAAGCUGCCCUCUGUCAGGUGGAGCAGGAAGAGACAGGCGAGAGAGGAGCGGGCGCUCCGAGUUCGCCGCUUCUCACGUUGCUGGAGAAGUCUCUGGGGGGCUGUAGAGAGCAGAGCAAUCGGGGGAACAACCUGGCGCUCUCACCCCUCCCGGAGGCGAAGAAAGAUGAGGUGGACUUGGAGAGACAGGAGAAAGGGGAGAUUAUGCUGACGGUCGAGGCGAGUGUGUCGUCGCCAGAUCUCUUCUCUGCAUGUGCGAAAACCACAUCGGAAGCCGCGGAGUUUCUUUUCGACGAGGAGGACGGCGCGGGGUGCGAGCGGCGAAAGACCGGCCUGAUUGACUCCGAGCGGAGCGGUGCGCAGGCGAGCGACUCUGUGGCCACUCGUGCGCCCGCGGAACCCAAAGAAGACGGAAGAGACACUCUCACUCACGCGGUCACGACUUCGGCGGGAUCCGCUCAUGACAGCUUAAGAAGUUUCCUCGUCGCCACGACGCGAGACAGCGACGCGGACAGUCGAAGCACGACGAGCAGCCGAUGUUUUGGGCUUGGAGCCUCAGGAGCCGGUGCGGCGUCGGAGGUGCGUUGCCGGGGCGAGGAAGCUGGAUCUGAGGGCCGGUGUCCUCACGGUGAGCCGCUUGCCACGCUUCGGGCGUCCGAAGGUCCAGCCGGCGAGGCAACAGGCGCUGGAGGUGCCAGUUCUCGUGCAUCGAGCGAAAGUUUCUCCCGCGAGGAGACAGGCGAAGGCUGCGGCCUCCGGGCGGUUGUGGGGUGUGCUCUGAGGCGCGUCGCCGGUGCAACGGACCUCAGCAGCCAAGACAUUAUCACAGAUCCCUUCGCAGAAGCGUGCGCGCGGGAGGCCCAUGACCUCCUCGACCGCGCGACGCGAGCUAAUCUCGUGCUUGGCAUCACACCGAGCUCCGGCGGUGAAGACUUGGUCACGGGAGGCACCCGAGUCUGUAGAAAAAGAAGUCGGGAGGACGGCGACUUGGAUCUGCGCCCGACGCUCCAGAUUCUGAGCACGGUCUGCGUCAUGUACCUCAAAGAGAACCUGCGUUUCCUGACGACCGAGGCGGAGGAGCUGCGGUGAAGCGGGUGUUCUCGCAUCUUUUUUCUCUCUUCUUGGCAUUUACCGUUUUCCAAAGAGGAGACGGCCAAGAGUCUGCGCGUGCUCUGUUUUCUGAAAGUAUUGGCGGCUGCGUGUCUCGCACUCUGUGCCGGAUGCGGUUCUGAGGUUCGACUGUCUCGACAGAGGCGUUCCCCCCGAGGGGAAUGCGUGCGCUUUGCAUUUGUGUGGACAAGCGUCACAUGUAUCUCUUUUCCUCUCAACAAAUGUUGGUGUCGCUUGUCGGCCGGUGACGUGCAUCGUGUGCAGCAGGGGACAAGCGCUCGGUGAAGUUUUUACCAGCAGCGGAACCCGCUGAAAAGACGGUGCAUGCACGCAAAGGGAUGUAGCCUGGCAUGAAUAAAUGUGUGUAUAUGUGCGUGACAUAUAUCUAUCAGUUCAUGGAUUGCAUCCCGCUCGCAUCGGGGCGGGCGUUCUGGGGAUCGAGCGUGCCAUUUUUUUGAGUAGAGACGCCGUGUGCGUUCUUUGCGGCGCGUCCCAGACACUCCAUCGGGAUGCGGGGCAACGACGUCGACCCCGGGUAUUCUCUGCAUUCCCACGAGUGGGGUGGCGUUUCCGUGUUUUUCGUGGACGCGCGUGAGACUGUGGGAAAAACCAGAGAGUACAUUUCUCUCCCUUCGUGUAAUUUUUUGAUUCGUCUUCAUACCCCAGGAGAAAGCGCCCUCGAUUCCGAUUCUCAGACACAGCUGUUGCACGUGCGCACCCAGUGAGCUGCAUGUGAUGGUCAGCGCCGUCCUCGUUUCUUGUUCUCGCCGUGCAUGUCAAAACGAGGGCGAACUUUUCACCACAUCGCGAAAAGUGAAGCAACUGAUUGGUGUAGAUCCCUGUGUAGAUGCAUACACCUUUUUGAAUAGAAGAUGCAUGUCAACUGUCGAAAAGCGUUAUUUUAAAGAGCCAGUGGGCUCGUGUACACCCUGGCGCUCGCCUGCGGCGCCUUCGCUGUGCUCUCGACUUCUCGCUUCAGGAAGCUCAGCCGCACAGCACAUGCGAUUACGUGUCGGUUUUUUAUGUGCGAAUGUCUGCAUGUGUAAGGGAGGCAAACUCACUCCCGUUGUCCCUUGGUGUGCUUUUUAAUAGUGAUUCUUGUCGCUUUCUUUUUAGCUGUCCCACUUGUCACGAAAGUUGUUCAAGAAAUGUAACGCUCAUGGUGAGGCUUCGCAAAUUCGUCUUCUAACCGGGCGACACAGUCGUCCAUAACGCAUUUCUUUUACCCCGUUCGCCAGACACAGGGAUCGCUUGGCAUGGAAUGCUAGUCCCUCCAGUCACACGAUCUCCAUUCUUCUCAGGAGAAUGGUCUCUACGCCUUUCACCUACCUUUACGUACAGCCACAAACAGAGACAUCAUAAUGCGUAGGAUUCUGAGUAUGAGUCCAGUUACGAGAUGCAGACAACGAAGUUGUUUACGUUCUGCUGUACACCGCCAUCCCGCGAGACUGUUUAGGGCGGCGAAAAGUGUUGGAUCUCAAGUUUCUACGACGUGAACAAAGAAGACACAGCGGCGGAUGAACAAGUCUUUUAAUUAACCAUGCUGACUGUAGUCUUGACAACGCUGCUGGUGCUUGAGACUUUUGAGACACCCUUCGUUGGACUGCCGUCAUGUACGUUGUUCCUGGGGAGUACAGUAUAGCAGAGUAAAGGCACAGCAGCACCAUUUCGCGUGGUAAUCGAAAUCGUUUAUUUGUAUGUAUAACGUGUAUGCUUUCGGCAUUUUGAAUUUGCAAGAUGGAGUGGUCAUAGAAUGGUUAAAACCAAUCUCGGGCGAUCGUCGGCGUGCAGGACCCGUUCCAUUCUACUUUUUAAGAGUUGCGUUGCAACUUCAAUCGGUGAUGAUC